UUUGUAAGUGUGCAAUUUCUCAACUUUAAGAAUUUGAAAAUUUCCAUAAAUUUCAUAUUACGAUACUGCUAUCGCUGUAUGGUGAACGCACAAACGCAGUAGUUACAGACUGACCCAUUAAACUUGCGUCGUAAAAAUCGACGCGGAGUGAUACGCUGGUGCAGACCGACCUGUUAUAAGUUGUAAAUGCUGGGUUACCAACUGUACAAUGGCGACUGCCGGCAGUGAAAGUAGGAGCGGGUUUUAAAAGACGGGAAGGGUGAAGAACACCAUACCCUUCCCCCAAGGUACGACCAUAGGUAACUAGCGGAAUUGUCCGACUGUUGAUUUGACAGGUUUUGGAGGGUUGUUGUGGGCCAAGGGCAGAGCCAGAAGAAGUAGUUUGGACCGGUGGCGAGACAAAUCAUCUCGUUCGUGGAGACGUGAUCUUUCACAUAUUCACCGCAACUACGCAAUUUCGUCAUCCAGGGAAACUCAUAGCAGUUAGUUGCGCCAAAUAAAAGGAAACUUGCUCAAUCAACGGGAUGAAGGCAUGAAUUGGAUAUCGUCUAACGGACUACGGCUUAAUGUGUUGUGAUUUUACGGGAUUAUUUCGUGCAGGACUUCUAGAACUUUGUAUCACAUGAACUGUGGAUCUCAUUUAAAUAAUUUAAUGUGUCGAACGUAGAAGAAACUUACUCGUGACACAUUGACAGAAAACAUGUUCGAUCGGGAACUUUGAGAAUUUCCUUCACAGGAGUGUAUGAUAUUCACGUCUUUCAUUUUUUAUUCGAUGCAAAAUAGUUGGAAGGUGCUCUUGACAUUUUUAUCCAAGAACGUGUAAAAGGACGUCGUUUCGCCAUAGGCAGCUGUUAUCAUUCUCAUAAAUAUACAUGUUUGUAAUUUCUGGAAACUUCCGGUAGAACGUUACACAACAUCGGACCAUUUCGCCAUUUCCUCGUCCUAUUUGACAAAACAUUCAGGCGAUCUUGCUGUGCUUAGUCAUUAUUCUUCAGUUUCAUCACCAUCUGUCAUUUCUUUUGACGCGUGUAUGAGUGAAGAGGAAAUGAUUCUUUGAAGUGCUUUAUUACGGACCCCCUUGUUUUACACAGCGUCCUUUCUGUUUCGGAAUCCGCGGGGAUUUUUUGUAUUUAGUACAGUUUAUAUUAUUCGAUUGGGGACCCCCUAGUCCGGUUAAUUCACGGGACUUACUGUUGACUUAUUUUGUAUUUUCUCUUUAUGAGCUCUACACGUCCACGGCCCAGACUGGUUAUAAACCAUAAUGGGCCAAGGAAAAACUUUUGCGAGUUUGAUCCUGGAUCACCUAAUGUUGGGAACUUGAGUCCAGAUCUUCAGCCUAGUUCACCACCAGAAUAUAUUCCACAGCAGCAUCCUCACGUAUGUCAGAUAGGGAAAUAUUUCCUUAUUAACCAUACAGAUGGAAACAGUACAUUUAAGGCAAUAAACAGAGAAAACGGAGAGGAGUUCAAAUGCAAGGUCUUCCCAAUAGAAAAAUACCGAGAGUGCUUGGGUGCAUUUUGGCAGGUGGACGGAAACGAACAUAUCAGUCGUAUCUCUGAGAUUAUCUUAGGGGAGACGAAAGCUUACGUUCUGUUUGAGAGGAGCCAUGGGGACUUGCAUAGCUACGUCCGACAGAAAAAACGCUAAGAGAGGAGGAGGCCCAGUCGUUUGUUUCGACAGGUGGUGGCGGCUGUUGCACAUUGUCACGAGAACGGCAUUGUGCUGAGGGAUCUUAAGCUGAGGAAGUUUGUUUUCCAAGAUGCCGACAAGAAACGCCUGCGAUUGGAGGGUUUAGAAGAUGCUUACGUUUGUGACAGCGAUGACGACAGGCUAAAGGACAAACACGGCUGCCCGGCUUACGUCAGUCCUGAGAUUCUGGAUCCAGCACAGAGCUAUUCGGGCAAAGCUGCCGACAUUUGGAGUCUUGGAGUCAUGCUGUAUACCAUGUUAAUCGGACGUUAUCCCUUUCACCGACACGGAGCCAAGCGCUCUUUUUAGCAAAUCCGCCGAGGCCAGUUCACUGUCCCGGAUAUAUUGUCCACGAGGGCCAAGUGCCUGAUAAAAAGUCUUUUGAGACGUGAACAAGAGAGGUUAACAGCCAAUCAAAUUUUACAACAUCCUUGGUUAAGGAACAUUCAAAGGUUGGGGUUUGUCCAUAGGGUCAGUCCAAAAAACACCGACCAGACAGUACCAGAUGCAGUCGUCCCAGAUGAAGACUUUGACUUCUGCCUUUGAAUCGGGAACACUCUGCUCCUCAAAUGGAGAAAGAUGUCAACUCUGCAUAUCCACUACUGAGCCCACGUGUCAUGUUGUGAAUUCAAAAAUCAGAAAUCUAUAUCCCCUCUCACUAACUCUCACUACACCCCCUCCCCCGCCCCCUACCCCCCUCCCAACCAAUCGUCUUGACCUGUGGCCACUUCAGAAAGGAGUGACUUUAGGUUAUUAGCGCACAAGUGUGAUGGUGGAACUGUGAAGAGCUUGAGUUGAAGUGACUGCCUUGCUGAAUGGUGUUGAUUGCCUCCAUGGGUGGAAGGUGACUGUCGGUUUCUUCUAGCAAGAUGUCUGUGAUACAUUGGAAGUGCUGAGCUCAACUUCAUCUUAACCUGGGUACUUGUGCACGAAGAAACAGCCGCCGCCUCCACCACCCUUGCAUUUGGUUAGAGUCUUUUCACCUGUUCUCUGCGGAUCAGCAUACAAGCGAAGCUUGUGACGUCCGAACUGUGAAAUGUACCAAUUGGAAUCAUAUCCAUCUGUCGCCAUUGUUUCACCCUGCCAUCAAGAACAAUUCAUGUCUGAUUGGAGCAAGUAAUAUCCAAGAUGAACUGUCCCCUUGUUCUACACGUACAUGUCGUUAAUCUCCAGAUUACCAACAUACCAGCAAUACUUGAUCCCAAAGAACCAGCUCUUCCGAAGAGUUGUGGUUCUUGAAUUGUAGUUUAAUACAUGUAUUUGUACAAUGAUCAGCAGAUCCAGGUCGUCUUAUCUUGAAACUGACAUUUGUUGCUCAUUGACUAAGUAAUACCUGGUCUUAGCGAAAGCGAGUGAGGUAAGGCAGAGAAGACUGUAUUUAAUUUAUUGUGGAAAGUCUGUAAAUGAAUACGAAGUGCUAUGUACAUGUGUCUGUAUGAUAGUAAUUUAAGAAGUUAGACCAGGUUAGGUCGAGACUAAUGUAUGUUGUUUAAGUAGACGGUUAAACUAUCAAGAAAAAGUGUAAUUCACAAUCAUUGAAGUACCGUUAGUAGUUAAAUCUACCUGUAGGUACUGAAAGACUCCGGAGUCCGGAUCGGUUUGGCUAGGGUACCGGUGUACUGAGGUUCAGACCAUCGUCAGUGUAGACGUAGUGGAGUUGGGUGAACCCGUUAAUUUCAUGUAAUCAUGGAAAGAAAAUCGCCAUGAAAGCUGAGUAAAGGGGUAGAAAUACGCCCUAUUUCAAGAGACCCGAAAAUUCAAAGUCUGAAAACUUGAAAAUGCAACGCUCUGUAUGUGCAAAUGCCAGUAUUUCUUUAACACCAAGGAAAGACAAAAUCCAUCUUAUCGACUAGUUGAUCGAUAUUAAUGUGUUGUUUUAAUUUCCUCACAUCUAUAUCCUGUUGGUAAAUAGAGAUAAUAUAAUGAUUUAUUUUCUAAUUAUUGUUGUGCCCUAUUCAGUGUUACUUACUGUUAUCCAAACCAACGUGGAAAGCAGCACCUAUUGAAUAAAAGAUGAAAGAGGUGAGAACACACCUAGGAGUUCAAAGGUUA